GUCACUGUGGCAUGCAAACGAGAGGCUGCAACACAUUCCUCUGUGCAACACAGACCACUGCUCUGAGCUCACUUUACCCCCAGUUAGUCCCAGUUUAGGUCCAGUUAGCCCCAGUUUGGAUCCAGUUAGUCCCAGUUUGGGUCCAGUUAGUCCCAGUUUAGGUCCAGUUAGUCCCAGUUUAGGUCCUAUUCAAAGAUGAAGUUUCUGCUGCCGUUGUUGAUGCUGAUGGAAGGAGCUGCAGCUCAGCAGAGAGGUCUGUUCCCGGCCAUCUUGAAUUUGGCGAGUAAUGCGGUGAUCAGCAGUAAUGCAACCUGUGGAGACCCUGAACCUGAAGUUUACUGUAAACUGGUCGAACAUGUUCCAGGACGACGGAUCAAGAACCCACACUGCCCGAAAUGUGACGCCAACUCCGUCCUGUCCAAAGAACGUCAUCCGAUCACAAACGCCAUUGAUGGGACGAAUCAGUGGUGGCAAAGUCCGAGUAUCAAGAACGGACGACAGUUUCAUUGGAUUACCAUCACACUGGACCUCAAACAGAUUUUUCAGGUUGCCUACAUCAUCAUCAAAGCAGCCAAUUCUCCUCGUCCAGGUAACUGGAUCUUAGAGCGCUCUCUGGACGGCGUGACCUUUGACCCCUGGCAGUUUUAUGCCAUCAGUGACAGCGAGUGUUUGUCUCGUUACAACGUGACGCCGCGACUCGGACCGCCGACCUACAAGAGAGACACAGAGGUCAUCUGUACAUCGUACUACUCCAGACUGAACCCUCUGGAACAUGGAGAGAUCCACACAUCUCUCAUUAAUGGCCGCCCUGGAGCCGAUGAUUUGACCUCUGACCUCUUGAACUUCACGUCGGCUCGUUACAUCAGGCUGAGGCUGCAGCGAAUCAGGACACUGAACGCCGACCUGAUGACGCUGAGUGCCCGUGACCCACGAGACAUUGACCCCAUUGUGACCAGGAGGUAUUAUUACUCCGUCAAAGACAUCUCUGUGGGCGGGAUGUGCAUCUGCUAUGGCCACGCCCAGAGCUGCCCACUGGACCCUGUUACCAAGAAGCUGCAGUGUGUGUGUGAACACAACACCUGUGGAGAGAGCUGUAACGAGUGUUGCCCCGGUUACCACCAGCAGCUAUGGCAACCAGGAACUAUCUCUGAGGGCAACACCUGUGAAAAGUGUAAUUGUCACAACAAAGCCGUUGACUGUUUCUACAAUCAAACCGUCUCUGAACUCUUUUUGAGUUUAAACACUCGCGGCGUUCGUCAGGGGGGCGGAGUCUGUAUCGACUGUCAACAGAACACUGCCGGCAUCAACUGUGAGACCUGCAGACCCGGAUACUACAGACCUGCUGAGGUGUCUCCAUAUUCAGACUCUCCAUGUGCUGAAUGUAACUGUGACCUGAGAGGAUCAGAGUCCGCAGUCUGCAGCACAGACGACUCACAGACAGGUGUGUCUGCAGGUCAGUGUGUGUGUAAACAGGGUUUUACAGGUCAACAGUGUGACCGCUGUGCGUUUGGAUACAGAGAUUUUCCUCACUGUGUUCGAUGUGAUUGUUACCUGUCCGGCAGCAUCAACACAGACCCCUGCAGCCCCUGCAUCUGCAAGGUGAACGUGAUGGGAGCUCACUGUGAUCUGUGUAAACCAGGUUUCUACAACCUACAGGAGAAUAACCCACUCGGUUGCACUGACUGUUUCUGCUUUGGUGUGUCUGACGUCUGCGAGAGCGCCGCCUGGUCCACAGUUCAGGUACUUCAUGCGGACGCUUGGCUCCACCCCUCUCAGCCCACCCACGGCCCCUCUGUUGUCAGUGGCAAUGACCUGCCCACCCCUGGCAACACAUCUUCUGGCCACACCCACCAACAAGUCCUGACAUGGGCAGCGCCCGACAGUUUCCUUGGAAACAAGCUGUCGUCUUACGGAGGUUUCCUGAACUACUCAGUGGUUUACGACAUCCCAUUGGACAAUGAGGACCAUUCUCUCCCUGCCCACUCGGACAUCAUCAUUGAGGGAAACGGCCGGGCUCUUCGUCUCUCACCUCCUCUCCUCCUCUUCCUCUCUCCGUUGGCUGAGCGCUCGGUUGCCAUGGCGAUGGCCUGGCAGCAAUUCCUGGAUGUUCAGACGGGCCUUCACAUUACCCGCGAUGACCUUCUGUCAGUCCUCGCUGAUGUGAUAUCACUGAAGGUCCGAGUUCACCUGAACACCUCUGCCGACGGGCCAAUUCGCCUCAGGUCAGUUUCUCUGGACUUUGCUGACUCUAGCUCAGUUUCUGGCGUUCAGGCAGUUGCCGUGGAGACAUGUGAAUGUCCAUGGGGUUACAGUGGAACUUCCUGUGAGGCGUGUCUCCCAGGCUUCUACAGGGUGGGCGGAGUUUUGUUUGGAGGAAACUGUAUGCAGUGUGAAUGUAACGACCAUGCCAUGGAGUGCGACAUCAAUGGAGUUUGUCUGGGUUGUACCCAUAAUACUACUGGUCCUCACUGUGAUCAGUGUCUUCCUGGUUUCUAUGGUGACGCCACAGAGGGAACAGCAGAGGACUGUAGGACUUGUCCAUGUCCUCUGACGAAGCCGUCCAACAGUUUCAGUCCCACCUGUGUGCUCGAGGCGUCCGGCCAGGUGUCAUGUGACAGGUGUCAGGAGGGAUACACAGGACGUAACUGUGAGAGGUGUGCCAGUGGUUUCUAUGGUAACCCACAGAUAGUGGGCGGGGCCUGUGCCCGCUGUGAGUGUAACGGUAACGUGGACGUCAGAGAGGCGGGCCACUGUGAUACUGUGACAGGGGAGUGUCUGCGCUGCCUCGGCAACACUGCUGGGAGGCACUGUGAGGUCUGUCAGCCUGGUCACUAUGGAGACGCCGUGCACGCCAAGGACUGUCAGGAGUGCGGCUGUGAUGUCAGCGGCUCCCUCUCUAGUGUCUGUGAUGUCACAACAGGUGAAUGUUUGUGCAGACAGAACGUGAUGGGACGCACCUGUGACCGUUGCCAGUCAGGGUUUUUUGGGCUGCAGAAUGGCUGUCAGGCUUGUGGUUGCAGCCAAUUAGGAUCACUCUCUGAGUCAUGUGAUGCCAAGGGGAGGUGCCAGUGUGCAGAGGGCGUGGCUGGACAUAAGUGUGACCACUGUAGCCAUGGUUACUAUGGUUUCCAUGCCAACGGCUGCACAGCAUGCACCUGUGAUCACACAAAAGGAAACUGUGACCCUGAGAGUGGAGAGUGCAUCUGCCCCGCCCACACAGAGGGAGACACCUGCCACAGGUGUGAGACAGGUUACUGGGGUCAUGACCCCACGACUGGCUGCAAGCCAUGCAGCUGCAGUGCAGCAGGAAGCUCCGCCCCUCAGUGUGAUCUGACCAAUGGGCAGUGUCGCUGCAGAGAGGGGUUCUCUGGAAGGUCAUGUGACCAGUGUGCACCUGGUUACUAUGGUUACCCAGAAUGCUCAGCGUGUGCCUGCGACGUGGUGGGAGCAGAUGAAACAUUCUGUAACACAACGCUGGGAGUGUGUGACUGUCUACACACUGGAGAGUGUGUGUGCAAGGCGGGCGUCUCCGGUCGGCGUUGUGAGGAGUGCGUCUCUGGUUGGUUCGGUCUGUCAGCUGAUAAUCCCAAUGGCUGCUCGCAGUGUUUCUGUUCAGGACUCAGCCGAGACUGUGAGGAGCAGGGAGGCCUCUACAGAGUGCCUAUCAGUUUGGCUCGCACUCCUGCUCUGCUGUCAUUGGUCAGUCAGUCUAACCUGCAGGGUGAAGUAUCUGGAGUUUACCAGCAGGGCGGUGACAUGCUGCUCGACACCCGACAGUUCAACAGCAGCAGGCUGACUGGGCCACUCUACUGGAGACUGCCCCCCCACUUUGAAGGCCCGCAGCUGCUGUCGUAUGGUGGCCUGCUGACUUACAUCGUCACCUUUUAUGCUGAGGACGGCUCUGGGUUGUCCAAUCAGGAGCCUCAGGUCCUGAUGAGGGGCGGGACUCUUAGGAAGCUGGUCAUAUACACUGACAUGGUUGCCCCUAGCAACGGCAUUAGGACACAGCAUGACAUCAGGAUGACAGAGCACACGUGGAAGUAUUUUAACUCGGUGUUGGAGAAGUCGGUGAGUCGCGCUGACUUCAUGUCCGUCCUCAGUAACAUCGAGUACGUCAUCAUCAAGGCGUCUUACGGGACAAGACUGCAGCAGAGCAGGAUCUCCAACAUCACCAUGGAGACGGUGUUGGAGGUGGAGCCGGAGUCACAUGACAGGGCAGAGGUUGGAGAGGGCGUGGCCAGGCUGAUUGAGUCCUGUAUCUGCCCACCUGGAUACACCGGACUGUCCUGUCAGGAUUGUGCAGCAGGUUUCUUCCGUCAGCCUGUGUCUGAGUUGUCGUCUCAGAGUAAGAAGUCAUUGUUUGUUCGUCCGUGUGUUCGAUGCCGCUGCAGCGGCCACAGUGAGAGCUGCGACGCAGAGACUGGAGCCUGCCAGGACUGUCAGCAUCACACCAGUGGGCGGAGCUGUGAGCUUUGUGCCACGGGGUAUUAUGGGAAUGCCAGUGGCUCCAUUAGCAACUGCUCGCUGUGUGCCUGCCCCCUGCGGGGCAACAGUUUCAGCCCCACGUGUGUGUCCGAGGGAGCGCAUGGUGAUUUCCGCUGCACCGCCUGUCAGGCGGGGUACGAGGGGAGAUACUGUGAGAGGUGUUCUGUUGGUUACUAUGGUAACCCGUCAACGCCCGGCGGGGUGUGUUCACGGUGCAGUUGCAGUGGGUGGGGCUCUCUGCAGCCGCUCUGUGACCCGCUGAGUGGACAGUGUGAUUGUAAGGCCGGGGUCAAAGGCCGGUCAUGUGACCAUUGUGACGAGAGGCACAUCCUGCAGGGAGAACAGUGUGUGUCUUGUGAUGACGAGUGCAGCGGCAUUCUGUUGGACGACCUGGAGAAAAUACAUGCCCACUUCCUGUCUGUCAACCUGAGCGCUGUUGCCGUGGCACCGUACCGUCAGCUCAUGUUGCUGGAGAACCAGACCAGCGGCAUACAGGUGGGCGUGGCCGCUCUGCACCUGUCCAGAGUGGAAGACGAGCUGAAUCAUGUCACCUCUGACCUCAGCGCUCUGAUGCAGCAGGUCGCACGUCUGUCUAACAACCUGGACAAAGUGGGCGUGUCCACCUCACAGGGAGCACUCCUGCUGGAGAACUUAAGCAGCCUUCAAGACAACAUCCAGGUGCUGCGAAGAGAGGCGGAGCGUCUGAAUCAGACCAAAGAGGACGAGCUCAGUUCAGCCAAUCAGACACGUCUAGUGCAUGAAGUGGCCUCCAUGUUGGAAACCAUCAGAGCCAUCAACCUGACGGCCACCAGUGUUGCAGCCAGUCAGGAGCUGAGUCUGGCAGAGUCUCUCGUCGACUUCCUGCAGAACCACUUCCUGUCCAGCAGGGCGGCAGCUGACAACAAGCUCCGCCCCCUGUCUGCCUCUCUCAGCGUUCACAUGGAAACGCUGCAAUGUGCAUACACACACCUGAAUGACGCCGCACGCCAAAACACACAAACACACACUCUGCUGGACACCAUACACACUCUUCUGCACCGCUACCAGAUGGUCCGUCAUAACCUGAGCACUGAGUGUUUGUUUGAGGGCGGCGUCAUGGAGGACAGUCAGGUGCUGCUGGACGAUGCAGUCAGCCUGACAGAGGACUUAACGAACACUACAACACAGGUGGAGGUGUUCAGCGGGCAGUUGGACCAGUGGCGCCCCCUUCUGAGGAAACAGGUGGAUGCUUUGGUCAUUGGACUGAAGACGACGGACGCUCUGGAGAACGUUUACCGUGCAGAAAACCAUGCCCACCUGCUACAGAGCCACGCCCACUCCCUGUACAGCACCCUGUCAUCGGUGUGUAACACGUCUCAGAACAGCAGCCGAUUGGUUCAGCUUGACAGUGACAUCACAGAACGAGUUGACUCCGCCCAGCAGGCCGCAUCAAUCGCCCAUGCCGCCGCCACACUGUCUCUCAACAUGACUCUCCAAUCAGAGCAGUCGCUCUCAGUGGAGGGCAGAGCCAAACUGAACAUCAGCUCUGCGGUUUUAGAAGAAAGUCGACAAAUCAAUGAGACAGCUGAAGACUUACAGCUAGACAUCUCCAUGGUAACCAGUCGACUGGGAUUGGUCAGGGAGAGUGUCCAUAACUUUAGCCUUCUCCUCCAUCAGCCAAUCAAGGAGCUUCAAAAUCUGUCCAGCGGUUGGUCCACGUCGCUGCAGCAGACUCAGUCUCAGGCUGCAGUGACACACUCCGGCCUGCGGGAGGCACUGCAGCGACUGCACAGCCUCAGACAGCAGCUGCAGGAUUCUUCUUCUGUUGUGGAAAACACCAACAGCACAGCGAGGGAGACCAACCAGCUGGUGACGGUGACACGCUCUGCAGCCAAUGAGGCGCAGCGUAAGCUGGAGGAGGUGGAGCAUCGCACAGACCGUCUCAUGGACCGAAUAAAGCCACUGAGCAUGCUGGGAGAAACACUGAGCAGGAAUCUGUCUGACAUCAGAGAGCUGAUCGAUCAGGCCAGAAGACAGGCAGCCUCGAUUAAGGUGGCGGUGCAGGCGGACAGAGACUGCGUUCGUUCCUACAGACCUCAGAUUCAGUCAAGUAACUUCAACACUCUGAGUCUGACCCUGAAGACGUCAAGUCCAGAGAACCUGCUCUUCUACCUGGGCAGCAACACCACGGUGGACUUCCUGGCAGUACAGAUGCAUGAUGGGAAGGUGUCUCUGGUGUGGAACGUGGGCUCAGGCAGUACCAAACUGGAGUUUCCUGGACUGGACAUCAACAACAACAGAUGGACAAAAAUCAACGUGACACGGUUUGGGGCCCACGGCUCUCUGUCGGUCCAUCAGCUCGAGUUGGAGUCGGCUCCGUUGCCCGCGGUAACAGCGACAUCACCAGGACCAUCCCGAGUUUUAGACAUUGACAGAAACUCUGUGAUCCACAUCGGAGGACUGGGAGCUCACACUCAGAGCCCCACAGUGCUGCGGUCCGCCACCUUCCAGGGCUGUCUGGGCGAAGCAUCACUAAACGAGAGAAGCAUCGGCCUGUGGAACUACAUUAGCAGAGAGGGCGAAUGUGGAGGCUGCUUCAGCAGUCCCCAGGCAGAGGAGACUUCCUUCCACUUUGAUGGAUCUGGAUUCUCAUUGGUUCAGAAGUCGUUGCGAGCGACCUCCACCUCCAUCGUUAUGCUUUUUAAGACUCUGUCACCAGGCGGGUUACUGCUGUACCUGGCCUCGAACAACACUAGAGACUUCCUGUCCAUGGAGCUGGUGGAGGGGCGUGUCCGUCUGACCUUUGACCUUGGCUCAGGUGCUCUGAUCAUGACCUCAAACAGGAAGUACAACACUGGAGUGUGGUACAAGAUCACACUGCAGAGGAGCAAACGUAAAGGUUACCUGUCCAUCAUGGCAGCCGACCAAUCAUCAGACAAAGAGGUGUUGGAGGCAGAGUCUCCUGGAACAGCCUCCGACCUGAACCGGUCUGACCUCGACCCGAUCUACAUCGGAGGUCUUCCUGCAUCAAGACCAAUAAGGCGACAAGUGGUUUCCAGGUCGUAUGUGGGCUGCAUAAAGAAUGUGGAAAUCGCUCGGUCCAACUUUGACCUGCUGAGAGACGCGUUUGGAGUCAGAAAGGGUUGUGUACUCGAGGCGGUGCGGAGUGUGUCCGUGUUGGCCGGCGGGUUUGUUCAGAUUGCUCCUCGACCACUCGCUCAGGAGGCAGAGCUUCUCUUCUCCUUCUCCACCAAGAACCAAUCAGGAGUCCUGUUCGCUGCCUUCAGUGACGACCGAACACAUAGACAGCACUUCCUGUCUGUCCACCUGGUCUCAGGUGCUUUGGAGGCGGAGCUUGGAGAGGUGGGUGGGGCUAGCCGGAUGGUUAAGGUGGUGAAACCUGAUGGAGGAUCCUUCAGUGAUGGAACAAAACACUCUGUGAUUAUCACCAUCAACAGGAAGUCUCUGUCCGUGCAGGUGGAUGAGGAACACUUGAAGUCCGUCUCUCUGUUGCCGGGCGGAUUUUCGCGUUUGUCUCAAGCCUCUUUCUUCAUUGGUGGGCUGCCAUCAGGGGAGGAGUCUCGUCUGCCAAUUAGAUUACGGGAUGUGUCCAGGUGGUUCAGAGGCUGCAUCCAGAACCUGGUGGUGGGAGGAGCGCUCGUUGACCUAUCAGGAGCUGUGAGAUAUGAGGGGGUGGAGCUCGACAGCUGUCUAUUGGAAGAGAGAGUCGGGGGGGCGGUUCUUCCUGAUGAUCCAGAUGUAGAACCAACUCAUGACCCCACCCACUUGCCUGUAGCCCCGCCCACACACCUGAGCGCCAUAACACCUGGAGCACUAAUGUGUGUCCUGGAGGCAGAGCCGACCUUCCUGCCAUCAGCGGCUCAGUUUGGUUUGUCCAAACACAGUCACAUGACCUUCAUCAUCAAUCCCAACACUGUGAGAAGAAGCGUGUCAGUGACGUUGUCGGUUCGAAGCCGAGCUCUCGAUGGGUUGAUCAUCCUCCUCUCCGACUCCAAACAGACGGACUUCAUCGUCCUCAGACUGACAGGAGGCAGACUGAUGAUGUCAGCUGACCUGGGGAAAGGCCCCGCCUCCGUGACCUCGUCUGUCGCCAUUAACGACGGAACGUGGCACAGCGUGAGCGCUGAGGUCAGCCGGCGGUCUCUGUCUGUGUCUGUCAACGGUUCGAGUCCGGACUCUGUUACAAUCAAAGGAAACCAGCUGGACGUUGACAACACACUUUACCUGGGAGGACUGCCGCAUGCACAUGCCACCAGGAGGAUUAAUGUGAGCAGCAGUUUUGCAGGUUGUGUUCACUCCGUCAGUCUGAACGGAGCCGUGUUGGAUCUGUCCAAGCCGACCUCACGGCAUGAUGUCACUUCCUGUUUCACCAAUGAUCAGACAGGAAGUUACUUUAAUGGAAGUGGAUACGCCACCAUGAUGCGUGAUGGUUAUAAGGUCGGCUCGGACGUGUCUGUGUCUCUGGAGUUUCGAACGAGCCAAUCAGAAGGAGUGUUUCUGGGAAUCAGCAGUGCAAAGGUUGACGCCAUUGGACUGGAGAUGAUCGGUGGACAGGUGGUGUUUAAUGUGAAUAAUGGGGCUGGUCGAGUGUCGGUGCGUUCGAUUGGUCCGGUGUUGUGUGAUGGACGGUGGCACCGCCUGCUGGCCAGAAAAACCAAACACACCCUGAUUCUGAGUGUAGAUGGACGGAGUUACACCACACCUAACCCUUACCCACAAUCCACCUCUGCUGAGACCAACAACCCAGUUUACCUGGGAGGAUAUCCAGUUGGGGUAAAGCAGAACUGCCUGUCAAUCAGCUUCAGGUUCAGAGGUUGUCUAAGGAACCUGCAGCUCAUUAAGUCUCACCUGAGCGACACUCUGAACCUGAGCUCGGCCCACUUCCUGCUGGGCGUCACUCCUAACUCGUGUCCUGUUGCCUAGCAAAGCUAAGUUCGGCUCUGAUUGGUCCACAGACAGUUUACAUGACAUCACUGUGACUUAAUUUGUAACUGUGAAUCAUUAAAGAUCAUCUGAAAACUCCUAAAA